AAAUACAAAGCUUUUUCCAUGGAGGUUUCUCGUUCUCCACAUUCAAACCUUCUAAGUUCUAUCCACUACCAACCAUAUCAAAAUCCAUCUACCACUCUUCAAUUUCUUCACUAUCCUUCUCCAAUCUUCACGCACUUCCAACUACAUUCUUCACUCGCCAGCAAUGGGCCGUGCAACGGAGAACGGUGGCUCUUCCAUCUCCUUCGCCACUGUCAUCGCCGGAUUCUUUUUCUUACUAGCUUUGUAUUGCGCGAUCGAUCCCUUCAAGCACAGUGCAAUCGCUAACUUCCCUGAUUUUGAGACCUACUAUGUCGAAUUGCCUUCGUGGUCUCAAAUACCGACGGAGAGAGAUACUGAAAAUUUGUUGCAGAAGUCGACCAUUAUGUUUAAGGAUCAAGUUCAGGGUCCUGAGAGUGUGGCUUUUGAUUCUUUAGGGCGUGGACCUUAUACUGGUGUUGCUGAUGGUAGAGUGCUGUUCUGGAAUGGUGAAUCGUGGACUGAUUUUGCUUAUACUUCGCCUAAUAGGUCGGAGAUAUGUGAUCCUAAACCAUCAAUUUUUGGUUAUGCGAAGAACGAACAUAUAUGUGGCCGCCCUUUGGGACUCCGGUUUGACAAGAAGACAGGCGAUUUAUAUAUUGCAGAUGCAUACUUCGGACUGAUGAAAGUCGGACCAGAAGGAGGUCUGGCAACUUCUCUUUCAACUGAAGCAGAAGGAGUGCCAUUCAAAUUCAUCAAUGAUCUAGACCUUGAUGAUGAAGGGAAUGUAUACUUUACAGAUAGCAGCACCAAAUACGAGAGGAGGAACUUCAUACAAGUAGUUUUUUCUGCUGAAAACACCGGGAGACUUUUGAAGUAUAAUGCUGCUACGGGAGAAACCACUGUACUCGUGAGAGAUCUUCAUUUCCCAAAUGGCGUGUCUCUAAGCAAGGACGGUUCGUUCUUUCUCUUCUGUGAAGGAGGAAAAGGAAGAUUACGCAAGUAUUGGUUGAAGGGUGAGAAAGCAGGGACAAAUGAGCUAUUCGCCAUACUUCCUGGAUUUCCCGACAAUGUCCGAACAAACGACAAGGGCGACUUCUGGGUGGCAGUUCACAGUCGACAUUCUACAUUAGCUCAUUUGGAAGCUGAAUAUCCAAAACUGAGGAAAAUUCUUCUCAAGCUUCCAAUAUCAGCAAAAAUCCAGUUCUUGCUUCAUGUUGGAGGAAGGCCUCAUGCAGUGGCUGUGAAGUACAGCCCAGAGGGAAAGCUUUUGCAAAUACUUGAAGACACCCAAGGAAAGGUUGUGAAAGCAGUGAGUGAAGUUGAGGAAAAAGAUGGGAAAUUGUGGAUUGGAAGUGUUUUAAUGUCUUUUAUUGCAGUUUAUGAGUUGCAUUAAGUUUGGUAAGAAUAGGAGUAGUACUAGGAAUAGAAGUAGAACUAGGAAUAAGGUUUUUAGUUUUUAUUUAUUUUGGUGGUUUUAGUUAGCCAUUUAUGUUCAUGUGAACUUGCUGUUAAGUUUGAAGAUUUUAGUCAAAGUUGUAGUUUCCUUUUUGGCCCCCCAAGUUGAGCUGAUUGGGUGGAUAAAAAUAACUCAUACACUUUAAUUUACUAAUAAUUGAGGAAGCUUAUUUAUUUCGA